UCAGUGCCACGCAGGUGUGAGCUGUACAGUAUGUUAUCUCAGUAAACAACAAGGAAACGAAACCCGUAUAAUACGCGAGUAACACAAACAGACAUGGCUCACACUCGCAUGUUCUUCGUCUCUUGUAUUUUGAUCUACUGUUUUGAUGAAUCCUGGAGUUGGCAUGCAGUAGUUGUGAAGAGCUCAGUGUUCGCUCACUCCGGAUCAUCAGCUGAGCUCUCCUGCAGCUACAGCACACAAGCGUCUCAAGGCUUCACGCUGGAGUGGCGUCAUGCCGCUCCCGGGACUCCUGCUGUUCAAGCAAAGAGGGUGUUGUACUUCAAUGGGAAAUUAUACUGGGUGGACUCUUGGGAGGACAGAAUGACUUUAGUGCAGAAUCCUCCAGUGUCUGGCAUCGCGUCUGUGAUGAUCCACCAUGUCCAACCCAGUGACAGUGGACUGUACAUAUGUGAUGUUACCAAUCCAAACGACUGGUCCGGAAGCGGGCAGGGUCUCAUCAACCUGACGGUGCUGGUGGCUCCGUCGGUGCCUGUGUGUGAGCUGAAUGGCCACACCUACGUUGGGGAUGACGUAACUCUUACCUGCCACAGCUCCCAGGGGGUUCCUACACCUAUCUAUUCAUGGAGCAGAGAGCAAGACACAGCGCCUCUGCCCCCCAACAACAUUGUAGCAGAUCAGCGCACUGGUUCUCUUCUCUUGUCCAACCUUUCUUCUGCCUUUACUGGAACUUACACAUGCAGAGCUUCAAAUAAUCUGGGUGAGGCUGCAUGCAGCAUUGCAGUGAAAGUGGCACACGGCAGCAGUGCAGCAGUGGUUGGUGGUGUGCUGAUGGGACUUUUUCUCCUGGUCCUACUCGUUGCAGCGGCGGCCGUUUAUUUCUUCUUCUGCUACCAGAAAACAGCUCACAGCUGCACAGAGAACAAAAUGCGUAGAAAGAACGUUGAUUCUUCAGGGAAGCGCCAGUCAGCUGGUCCUCUGCUGUCAGCUCAUUUUGAUGGGGAUCAGCCUCCACAUCUCAGAGUCUCUCACCUCAGCCCACUGGUGUAAACGUGGACAUAUUAUCCAUGUACAUAGAAAAAUUUAUUCUAUCUAGGUGAUCUCCAAAUUCAUGACACUUAUUGUCACUGGGUGCAAAUGUGUGGGGGGAAAAAACAACAACAACAAAAUACCCACAAUAGCAGAUUAUUUUCUUUUCCUUGCUUGGCUUACGGUCUUGUUUGUCAUUUGCGAUGUUUCGGUCUUUGAGCAUACACAGAAGGAAUUUGUCAUUUUUGUGUGUACUAAAAUAACUGAAUAAUAUUUUUAUUAAUCUCCUAGAGAAACAUUGGAAAUAACCGGGCAUUACAGACCAAAACCAAACUUUGGGUACAAAAAGUAAACAUAUUGUAUCAGCCGUUUUAUCAUUAGAUAGUGAGUUUCCGUCUGAAUUAUAAACUUUUUUCCAGGAAAUACUUUUUUAUACACUAUAUAAGGCAUAGUGGGUGACACAAUCCAGUAAAAAUCAAUUUAAAUUCACAAGUUUUAUAUCUACACACAAUAAACACUUGCCAAGUAACAAAACAUUAAUUAUGAUAUAAUCUUAAUUUUUUAAUCAUUUAUAGAGAAAUAAAAUCAACUCAGGUUUAUUCUAUUUUUUGGCUUUGGGACAAGUUGUGUACAGGGACAGUUUGGAAAGGAACAAAAUUACACAGUAGUUUGAGUAUUAUAACACACAAUGUUGAGUGAUUACACCUUUUGAUGAUCUAAAA